UGUGUGUGAUGGUGGCAGCAGCAGUAAUAGCAGCAACAAUCUCGUUCCGUCGGUCGUCUGUCUAGCUGGUGGCAAAGAAGUCCAAAAGUGAACUCUGGGCUGGCUGACUGAAAAGACAUCCAUGUCCAAAAGAAGAGCUUUCAAAAGCAGGCCAUCAUCAUCGCAUCGCGCAUCAGCUCUUUUCGCGUUGUCGUCCGUGUUGGAUCCGCACAAAAAGGAAGAAAAAGUCGCGCAUCGUGUGUGAAUUCGGACGGACUAACGAAAGAAAAACCUUUUUUUUUCCUUUUCGAAAGUUACGUGGAAUAACGUCGGGUAGUGUAGUGAAAGAAGUUUUUUUUUUCUAUUUGAUUGUGAAAAUUUUCCCGAACAAGUUUUACUGCUGUGGUGGUGAGAAGGAGUAGCAGGAGCAGGAGGAGUUUCUGGAAAAACUGGUGGCCGCGAUUAUGCGAUGGCCCUGGUGACCAUCCGACGAUCGCCAAGCCUCGCUGGUUCCUCACACAGUUCCAACUCGGACGCAAGCUGUACGGAAGACGAAGAAAAUGCUAAAGAAAACAAAAGCUUGAGUGAAAGCUACCCUGCCGGCAACGGAACCGCCCUGAUGCUAGGUUCGAACGAGCGUCUUCGCGCUUCCGGCGAGGACUCAACAACUGACCCGCUACAGCAGACUCCGACAAUCCCCACCAGCACGUCUACUACAGCCCGCACUUCGAGUGGUGGGGCCACCCAUCAGCAGCAGCAGCAGCAGCAAGAUCCUGCCAGCAGCCUUCGCCUGCCGUCGCGGACCCGUUCCGAUAGUGCGGACGAACGGGAAUCGGUCGCCUCGACUGGUAGCACCGCAUCUUCCGCUUCGUCCGCCGGUAGCGACAUCCAACAGCACCUGCAGUCAAUGUUCUACCUACUCCGGCCGGAGGAAACACUCAAAAUGGCCGUCAAACUCGAAUCGUUACGCGCUGGUCGCACCCGGUAUCUGGUGGUCGUAUCCCGUCCACGGGCCAAACGAAUCCUCCGUCAGCUGCAGCAACAGCUGCAGCAGCAGCAGUUACAAUCGCUGCUAUCCUUGUCCUGUUCGAUGGCGACAUCGACCAGUUCGUCCUCAUCGGUUUCGCCGGCACCGAUCGCGAUCCCGAUCAGCAAACAAAUCACUUCCGCCUCUCUGUACAAGGCCGCAUCGCCUUCCACGAGCAGUUGCAGCAGUGUCCUCGUUGGCGUCGGUGUCGCCGGCGACGAAACAUUUGUGACCAGCUUGGAUAACUGUGUUCUCAGUGCUUCGCCGAAAAAUGCUUCAGCUGCAGCUUCUUCAGUGAAUAACAAUAAUGCUAGCAGCAGCAACAAAUGUGUCGAUAAAUGUGAUAGUUAUAGACCUAGUAGUAAUUGUGGUAGUAAUUGUAAUAUUAGCAGUAGUAGUGUAGUUAGCGGCGGUAGACCGAUGUCCGGUGCGAGCUGCAGAAGUGACGGUAGCAUAAAAGUGUGCAGCACCGGUCCCAGUGGGUACAUCAAUGUGACCACUACGAGUGGCAUUGGGGUGUGCAAACUGCUGGGGGGUAGUUCCUCGGCUAGCGUCACAAGUGGCAGUGGAUCCAGCAGUACUGCCGGCAGUAGCAGCACCAGAAGCAGCGGUGGUCAUCAUCAUCAUCAACUGCAUCAUGGUUGCAACGAAAUCGAAGAAUCCUGUCUACUGGGGAUCGAUUGCAAUGAGAAGACUACCGUGGGUCUGGUGUUGCGCGUGCUGGCCGACACGACCAUUCGGCUGGACGGGGAUGGCGGAUUCAGUGUCAGCUCGUGUGGACAGCAGCACAUCUUCAAGCCAGUCUCCGUUCAAGCGAUGUGGUCCGCCCUGCAAACCCUGCACAAAGUGUCCUCGAAGGCACGGGAGCACAACUUUUUCGCGGGCGGCUCAUCGCACGACUGGGUAUCCUACUACGAGAACCACGUCGAUUCCGACCGAUCCUGCCUGAACGAAUGGCACGCGAUGGAUUCGAUCGAGAGCCGUCGCCCACCGUCACCGGACUCGAUCCGGAACAAGCCCACGGAGCGCGAGGAAACGGAACGUGUCAUACGCACAAAGCUCAAGGGGAUCAUGAUGACGGUGGACUUGGACGUGGUGACGUCCAAGUUCAUUCGCGUUCGCCUGGAGGAGCAGCUGGACAUGGAUCUCGGCGAGUACAAAUCCUUUAUCGACGAGGAGAUGUUGGUCAUUCUCGGCCAGAUGGAUGCCCCGACGGAGAUCUUCGAUCACGUGUACCUGGGCUCCGAGUGGAACGCCAGCAAUCUGGAGGAGUUGCAACGGAAUGGUGUUCGACACAUUCUGAACGUGACCAGAGAGAUUGACAACUUCUUCCCGGGGAUGUUCGACUACUUCAACGUGCGGGUAUACGAUGACGAGAAGACGGACCUGCUGAAGCAUUGGGACAAUACGUUCAAGUACAUUUCCCGCGCCAAGAUGGAGGGCUCGAAGGUGCUGGUGCACUGCAAGAUGGGAAUUUCCCGUUCGGCUUCGGUGGUGAUUGCGUACGCAAUGAAGGCAAACGAUUGGGAUUUCAACGAGGCAUUGAAGCAUGUGAAGGAAAAACGGAACUGUAUCAAACCGAACAAGAACUUUAUCAUGCAACUGGAGACGUACCAGGGAAUGUUGGAUGCGAUGAAGAAUCGGGAAAAGCUUCAGAGGAGCAAAAGUGAGACGAACCUCAAGAGCGGAAGCGGAACGAAGGAGGGACGGUCACUGCCGGGAAGUGAACCGACUCCGUUGAUACAGGCGCUGAACAGGGGAAGUGCCACGAACACAUUGAACAAGAGCGGCCGAUUCCUGAGGAGGUUGGGUAAGCGACCGAAGAGUUGGUCCCCGGACUCGGAAAAGGCUGCCCUGUUGUUGGAAACAAGUCGCCAGCAGUCGCACUCGUUGGAGCAUCUCAUGGCGCCGACCAAUGAGGCUAAAACUAUCCGAAUGCCAUGUGGAAAUGGGCAGAAUUACAGUGUGUCGCAAAACCAGAUUGUGCACCUGCAGGAGGGAAUGCAACAAGACGAUGAAGAAGAGGAAGAGCAGGAAGAGGACGACGAGGAGGAGGAGGAGGAAGAAGAAGAGGAGCAAGAGCAAGAGCAGGAGCAGGACAAGUCAGUAGUGCCAUCAGCGUUAUCAGCAUCCUCGGUUCGGUCGAUAAUCAGCGAGCUGGAGUCGUCGAAUAAAGCCAAAGAAACCAGCAGCAACCACAAGAGGAAAGGUUCGUCCUCGUCGGUGGCCUCUGCGACCGGUUUGAGUCUAGCACCGUCGAUCGGUACGGAUGACGACGUACGGGAUCAUCAGUGGGAUCCGGGGGAAAAGAUUCCGCUGCCAGCAGUGACCAUUGCUCAAUAUUGUGAUACUAGUAUCGUAGCUCAACCGGUGGUCUGCUGGACAAGUCAAAGUCAGAUCAUCCAGCAGGUUCCACCGGUCGUCUUGCCGCCGCAACAGCAACAGCCUGUGCAGCACGUGUCCCGUCAGAGUUCCUGGUCCAGUGUGGAUUCCGCCGUGGUAGCCGAUAUGAUCCGUGGCACACUUUCAUCGGCUUCGCGAAAUUCGAGCUGGGGUUCUGGUGAUAGUCAACAUCCGAUGGCCGGAGGGCAACAGGGAACACGAAUGGCGCCGGCGCCACCUUCCCGUAACAGUAGCUGGGGCUCGUACGACACGAGCAAUGCCAGCAGCAUACAGACGGUGAUUGAAGUUCCUGUAACUCCGGGCAGCUCGGCGGAAGAGGACACUGGACAGAGUGGAAUCUUUCCCUACGAUAAGGACGAGAUUCCUUGGCACCCUGGAACGGUCAAGCGGACGAAACAAAAGAUCGAAGAACGGUCUACGUCUUCAAUAAAACGCAUUUGCAGUGAAAAAUUUGGACAGAAACAUCCAAAAGGGGACGAUGAGGAUAACGACGGCCGGGGGAAGGUUGGAGGAUCCCAGCAGCGAUCGAACAGUGAAGAGGUUCUACCUUCGAACCGAACCACAACGACAAUGGUUUCGACAACGUACACGCGGUUGUCCGCAUCGGCACCGGACUCGUACUGUUUGUGUCCCUUCGGAGGUAAAAAGUCCGAAGAGGAACAACAAUCCACCGGGAAGGGACACCACCGACGGUUUAGCUUCCGGAAAAUCGUUCCGGACGAGAAGAAGACUGCCACCAAUGACGAAAACACGGCCAUCAGCGUCAGUGGAAUUGUAAAGAACCUCAAAAUGAGCUUCGAAGCCAAAGUGGGCGAUCGAAGCAAGAAGGAACCGAAAAAGGUUCGCUCGCUGCCAUCCUCUCCGGUUGCCAUACACACAGAACUGAGCAAACAGGGCCAAAACCCUGGAAAGCAGAACCAGCAGGAAGACAUCACCGUCCGAGAUCUGGUUGAUCGAUACGAAGCCCCAAAAUUGCGCGCUUCGUUCAACACUCACCACCGGCACAAUAGUAGCAGCGGCAGUUCCACGACGACCAGCACCGGCAGCACGGACCAAGUAGUCCUCCGGCAGCGACCACGAUCCGUCUUUGAACCUUUUAAAUAUAAACAUCUUCCGAACCGGCCGAUGACGAUUACAAACUCAUUCAAUAUUCUUCGGUCGGCGGACGACUUCAGCCGACCGCCGCCAUUCGGUGGCGGUGGUCCCUUUGUCCGAAGUAUCAUCGUUCCUCCGAUGACCACCUCCUCAAACAGUGGCAAUCCCGGUACCGACGGUGGUCCGGGACCCGGCUCCGGUACCGGUAAGAAAAUAAUCCAAUACCACGGGAAAACUCACCCGCUGGCCAAGAUCAAUCUGACCAAGCAUCGCAUCAAUGCGACCUCUACGACGGCAGCUACGGCGUACAAUACGAUGUAAAGUGAAGUUUGUUCCGAGUGGAUUUCCUCAUUUUUUAGAUUGUGGAAGCGAAAAUGAACCCUCUCUCUUAAUAACCGACAAACAGGGCUUUCAAGAAAUACUAAUCCGAUUCCAACUCCGACCGUGUUUCCAAAAUAACACAUAUGCCACAAAGCCCCACAGUAUUAGGUAGCCACAACCAACGAAUUUGGAAAGACCAGCAUUUUUUUUAAAAUCUAAAAUCUUACUCCGCCUCACAACACAAUUGGCAUGCCUCCCAGCUUGUCGUAUCAUGGACGGUUCUUCGGAAAGGAUGCGAGCUUCCCUGUUUGAUCUGAAUGAACGGAGACUCUCUUAUCAGAACAUCUCCCGCAUCACGUUUUCGUGUGUGGUGAAGAAGAUUUUCAUCUAACUAAACUAGGUCACAAAAAAACAGAAAUCUUAACGAAAUACGCUUCGCAAAUUAAAAAAGGCACUUUUUCUUUUCCUUCGUGUGCGUGCGGUUGUGUGUAUGUGCGACUCUGCAAUCACGCUAGUGUCCUCAUUAUAGGAAUGCGCAUACAUAUGUGUGAGUUUGAGCUGACAAGGGCAGCAGCAAAGCAAAUCAAGUGACGCGCUCUUUCUAUGAUUUUUUUUCUGUACAUAUACAAUUAUGCAGUGUUAGAUUUUAAGAACUCCCACAAACCCGCCCAACUCCUGUCACGAUGAUGACUUAGUCCUGACUACCUAUACCUUUAAUGUUUGUGUUGUAUAAUUUAGUGGAUAAAGGGGGAGAUCCCCCCGAAAUGCUGUGUUUGUCCCCGCCUACCCAUUUUCAUCGAUUCAAAUUGCCUUGCUUGUAAAAAAACAGUACGAUUAUAGAUAGUGCAGCGCCUCGGUCGAUGAAGCCAUUUUUGUGAUUUUCAGCUUUCCCCAUUAUUUGAUAAGUCGUAGUAGUUUUGUGUAUUUUUCUGAUUUGGUUUGUUCGGGCGCGCAAAACUGCUAUCAGCUUUACCUACUAAAUUGUUGGAAUAACUAAAACUAUACAAAUAUACGAAACUAGUGCGCAGCGCAUUGCGAAUGUAACACUGUGGAAAGGCUAAAACAAACAAAAGGUAAACGCAUAGCAGUCAUACAAGCAAAACUAGUAGCUACACAAUAUUCAAAUAAUUGUUCGAAUAUUUUAUGUGGUUUUUAUAAGCUUUUAAACUGAGAAAUGAAUCAGAUUUGGAAACGAAAAAAACAAAACAACAAAAACAGAGUAAACAUACUGGAUCAUUCAUUGAAAACGCAUAUUGUAACAACAACAAAAAAGCGACUUGGCAUCAAUUGUGAAAGGUUACAACUUAUAGGAACAAAAUAAAACAAGAAUUUGUAUUUAAAGACUAUAAAAAAGAGCUAAAACAUGAUACAAGUAAACGAG